GGGGGUGCUGUCCUCCCUGGAGUGGUGGCGGGAUGAUGCUAAUUUAUUUAAAGGGAUGGAGUUUGGUUUUCACCAAACUCAUCUGUCCGUAACUUCCGAUGCUUCCCUUUUCGGUUGGGGGGCUCACUGUGCUGGCCUUUAUGCCCAUGGGUUAUGGUCUGAAUCUGAACGUGAGGAACAUAUUAAUGUUCUUGAGUUGCGGGCAAUUUUAUAUGCAUUGAUCUCCUUUACAGAUGUCGUGCGGAACAAGUCCGUUCAGGUCCUGACCGACAACACGACGGCGAUGUUUUACAUCAACAAGCAAGGUGGCACGGCGUCUGUGGCUCUCUGCACAGAGGCGAUGAGACUCUGGAAGUGGGCCAUAGAUCAUGCUGUCUGGCUGCAUGCAGUUCACAUCCCGGGGGUACAGAAUUCCAUGGCGGACCACCUGAGCAGGCUCCACAGGGAAAACUACGAGUGGUCCCUCCAGGACAAGUAUCUCGCCCCUAUCUUCUCGGAAUGGGGGACUCCGGAGUUGGACCUGUUUGCGACUGUGGAAAAUCGCAAGGUCCUAGCUUAUUGUUCCAGAGGAGGAGUAGGCCCAGAAUCAAGUGGGGACGCGUUUCAGUUAAGUUGGUCAGGUCCCCUGUGUUAUGCCUUCCCUCCGUUCCCGCUUCUGGCACGGGUCCUCAGCAAGAUCCAGAGGGACAGAGCGUCCGUCAUCCUGGUGACCCCGUAUUGGCCGAGGCAACCAUGGUUUCACUCCCUUCUGAGUCUACAGACUCAAUCGAUCCGUCUCCCGGUGGUUCCCGAUCUCCUGACCUGCGGGGGGGUUCUUCACCACGACAUCAGGAGACUCAAACUCACAGCGUGGUUGAUCAGGCCGGGGCUGCCUUCUCCGAGGCUGUGACUAAUGUUCUCUUAAAUGCUAGACGUUUGUCUACCAGGCAGUCUUAUGCCCUUAAGUGGGACAAAUUUUCUGUGUGGUGUAGUCGCAGGGGUUUGGAUCCUUUUGAGUCCACCCUUUCUGAGAUUUUGGAUUUUUUGUGGGAGGUAAAGCAAGAGGGUUUGGCCAACUCCUCAGUCAAGGUUUAUCUGGCAGCCAUCUCUGCCUUUCACCCUCCAGUGGAUAGAAAGUCUGUUUUUUCCCACUAUUCUGCCAAAUUAUUUUUGAGGGGAUUGAAUAAUUUGUUUCCCCCUGUGCGGGCUUUGGUCCCUCAGUGGUCGUUGCCCCUGGUUCUGACUCGUUUGAUGUCUAAGCCGUUUGAACCCUUGGCUUCCUGUCCGCUUCGUUUUUUGUCCAUGAAAGUGGCCUUUUUGGUUGCGGCUACUUCAGCCAGGAGGGUUGGGGAGCUGGCAGCGUUAUCUUGCGAGCCCCCUUAUUUGAAAUUUCACCCUGAGAAGGUCGUUCUUCGUACAAAGGUUGAGUUUUUACCUAAAGUAGUAUCCCGUUUUCAUUUAUCUCAGGAAUUGGUUCUGCCGGUUUUCUUUCCGACUCCGGCUUCUGAGGCAGAGGCGGCCCUUCAUUCUUUGGAUGUUCGCAGGGCCAUUUUAUUUUAUUUAGAUAGGGUAAAACCAUUUAGGAUUGACUCUAAUUUGUUUAUUUGUUUUGCUGGACCGAAGAAGGGUAACCGGGCUUCGGCUCAGACUAUCUCUAGAUGGGUGGUCCAGGCUAUACUGACCUGUUAUUCUGCUGCUAACCUACCUUGUCCUUUGCAAGUGCAUGCCCACUCCACCAGGUCCCAGGCGUCGUCAGCGGCUCUCUUCAGAGGUGUUCCACUCCAGGACAUCUGCAGGGCGGCGACGUGGGCCUCGGCGGAUACCUUUGUGAAGCAUUAUGCGCUGGAUAUCCUAGAUAGAAAGGAGACAGCGGUGGGCACGGCAGUUCUGCACUCCAUCUUUGAGUGAUGCUUUGGCGUCACCUCCACCCAGGGGGCGGCGAAAGAGGAACUGAGGGUAUGUGAGGGGCGCUCCGCCUCUUAAGGGCCGUUUCGGCGGGAAAGCGGCCGCGCAUGCGCGCUGAGAGGCGGGAGCGCCCCCUGGUGGUGUUUAGCUAUUAAAAUCUCCGGUAUCGGCAGGCCUGCGCGUGCGCAGUCCCAUGUGUGCCUGCA